GGUAAACUGGUUCCUGACAACUAACUGCACAUUCGGUAGUAAAGCGACUAAAUUUAAGUUUUUAUCGUUAUGAAAAACAAACAAACCGAAGUCUUCUUAUCCUUAAAAUAUCCAUUUCAAUAUGCUGGAUGUAUAUAACUUCUUUUUUUAAGUAAUUCAAGAGCCGGGAGAAGGGCCCACGCUUUUAAUCCCAGGAUUCAGGUGGCAGGGGCAGGCGGAUUUUUCAAGUUCGGGGCCAGCCUGAUCUACGAGUGAGUUCUAGGGCAGCCAGGACUACAUACUGAGUCCCUGUCUCUGAAAGCAAAACAAAAAAGCAGCUCAAGGUUUGUGGCGAAUCUGCUGCUGCCAAUAAAGAGUUUCGGUGGAGGUCGGCGUAAGACUCCUGAGUCGCUGCUGGCCGUCGUGUCUUGGGAACGGCCUGUCUCGUCUCGGCGUGGAAAGAACCCAGGACUUGCCGAGCUGUGGAGAAGACAGGUGAUUCACACUGGCUUGCUGUUACUGUUCUAGAACAUGAGUGACUGGAUGCCCAUUGCCAAGGAAUAUGACCCGCUGAAGGCUGGCAGCAUCGAUGGCACGGAUGAAGACCCUCAUGACCGGGCUGUGUGGAGGGCCAUGCUGGCCCGCUACGUACCCAACAAAGGUGUUACUGGAGACCCCCUCCUGACCCUGUUUGUGGCACGACUAAACUUGCAGACCAAAGAGGAAAAGUUAAAGGAGGUCUUCUCUCGAUAUGGUGACAUCCGGCGGCUGCGGCUGGUUCGGGACCUGGUGACUGGCUUCUCCAAGGGCUACGCCUUCAUUGAGUACAAGGAGGAGCGGGCCCUGUUGAAGGCCUACCGUGAUGCUGAUGGCCUGGUCAUUGACCAGCACGAGAUAUUCGUGGACUAUGAGCUGGAGCGCACCCUCCGUGGCUGGAUCCCUCGGCGGCUGGGUGGUGGGCUAGGUGGGAAAAAGGAAUCUGGGCAGCUGAGGUUCGGGGGCCGGGAUCGGCCUUUCCGGAAGCCCAUCAACUUGCCAGUUGUCAAGAAUGAGCCGCAUAGAGAAGGGAAAAGAGAAAGGAGGGAGCGCUCUCGAUCCCGGGACAGACACUGGGACCCCAGGCCCAGGGAGCGGGACCAUGACAGGGGCCGAGAGAAACGCUGGCAAGAGAGGGAGAUGGCCAGGGUGUGGCCUGAGAACGAUCGGGAAAGAGAGAGGGAGUUCAGGGAGGACAGGGUCAAAGGCAGAGACAAGAGGGACCGAAGUAAGUAGAGCCAACAGCAGCCAGCCUAGGCUUACCCAGAGGCCCCUGGGUGGGCCAUUGUCAGACUGGGACAAUUCCCUUUCCAGUACAGAACCCAGAGUCAGGAGACCUAAGAGAGGCCAUGCUUUUGCAGCAUUGAGGCUUGAACUGGAGAGCACAAGCAUGCUAGGCAGGCGCUCCCCUACAGGGCCGCAGAGGAUGGGAGGGAGAAACAGGUAUAUAAGCCACUCAUGUCAUGUGGACAUAGAGAAUGUUUGUCAUCCCAGUCCUUGGGAGAUGGAAGCAGGAGUAUCAAACGAAAGAAAGGGGAUAAUAAAGAAUUUGUCCUCACUUUCA